CGAACGAAUUUCGAAGCAGCGCCACUAAAUCGAAAGCUGUGCGAAUUGGCAUAGGAUAUUUUGCGGCGCUGUCGAAUAAAACUACAACUUUCGGACCCACACAUAUAACGUACUCAAACGUGGCGAAGCGCUUUUAACUAGGCUAUAGUAAAGGCUAAAUUCAUCCACUGCGGUUUCUUGGCGUGUGCAUCUCUGAAUAGGACUUCACAGCAGCAGUAUUAUAUUUACAGCGACAUACACAACUAACUAUCUACCCCCUUCUAUAUCUGUUACUCGCUCGAACAAAUUUCCGAAGUAGAAGAAAGCCCAGCAACCUCCUUACAAUGGUCGAGGGUCAAACAGCCGUGCAGCAGCAACAGCAGCCAAGCGGAGCUGGCAGCAGCACCACUGGAUCUGGCGGCGGAUCGGCGGCUGUGACCGCUAACGUAACCAACAGCCAGGCUCAGACGAAUGGAGGCACCACCACUUCAGCCCCAUCUGCGUCGACAGGAGCAGGAGCGGGAGCUGGGGCCACAGCAAACUCGGCAACUGCUGCUAGCCAGGCUACAGCAAACAAUGCGACCGCUAGCAACAAUAACAACAACAAUAAUAAUAAUAACAACAACUCAACGGCGAAUAAUAAUAAUAAUAAUAACAAUAAUAACAAUAAUAACAAUGAACCAGAUCCCAAAACCAAUUUAAUUGUGAACUAUUUGCCGCAAACAAUGUCACAGGACGAGAUUCGCUCGCUGUUCGUUAGCUUCGGCGAGGUGGAGAGCUGCAAGUUAAUCCGUGACAAGGUGACAGGCCAGAGCCUGGGCUAUGGAUUCGUAAACUAUGUCAAACAGGAGGAUGCGGAAAAGGCCAUCAAUGCAUUGAACGGCUUGCGGCUGCAAAACAAAACCAUUAAGGUCUCCAUUGCCCGGCCCAGUUCCGAGAGCAUUAAAGGUGCCAAUCUCUAUGUAUCUGGUCUUCCAAAGAAUAUGACACAAUCCGAUUUGGAAUCAUUGUUCAGUCCAUACGGCAAGAUCAUAACUUCGCGCAUUCUUUGUGAUAAUAUCACUGGUCUCUCCAAGGGCGUUGGCUUUAUACGCUUUGAUCAGCGAUUUGAGGCCGAUCGGGCCAUCAAGGAACUGAACGGCACCACACCGAAGAAUUCCACCGAGCCGAUAACCGUCAAGUUUGCGAAUAAUCCCAGCAGCAACAAGAACAGCAUGCAGCCUUUGGCCGCCUAUAUAGCACCCCAAAAUACGCGAGGCGGCAGAGCGUUUCCCGCUAAUGCUGCAGCCGGAGCAGCAGCCGCCGCUGCGGCAGCCGCCAUUCAUCCAAAUGCAGGGCGUUAUAGCUCUGUGAUCUCCCGCUACUCCCCUCUGACCAGCGACCUAAUCACAAAUGGCAUGAUCCAAGGCAACACUAUUGCCAGCUCUGGCUGGUGCAUUUUUGUCUACAAUCUGGCGCCCGAGACCGAGGAGAAUGUGCUGUGGCAGCUAUUUGGACCAUUUGGUGCCGUGCAGUCAGUGAAGGUGAUUCGGGACCUGCAAAGCAACAAAUGCAAGGGCUUCGGCUUUGUUACAAUGACAAACUACGAGGAGGCUGUGCUGGCCAUACAAUCGCUAAACGGCUACACUCUGGGCAACCGGGUGCUUCAGGUCAGCUUCAAGACCAACAAGAACAAGCAAACGUAAUUAUUAACCAAGUUGGCUGCUGUUGUCAAUGCCAAUGCAGCGGCGGCGGCGUUGGCGGCCAAUGGUUUGGUCCUACACAAUCAUCAUCACCAUCACCACAACCAAGGCAGCAUCGCUAGCAACAUAAACAUCAACAACAACAACAACAAUAGCUAUCAAUUUGGCAAAUACCACAACAGACAGCACAACACCAGCAGCAAUAGCAACAAUAGCAAUUUGAGCAAGCAGCUAAGCAAGCCAGCGACCUCGACCAGCAACAAGCAACAAUCAAUAAUGCCGCCACCUAAGAGAUUAGCCAGCAAUACUGCAACAACGGCCACAUCAGCAGCAGCAACAGGAGAUAUGGCCAUUGCAACACCUCCCAACAACAACAGCAGCAGCAGCAGUCACACGCUGUCCAACGGAGAUGCCGCUUCCUCCUCGUCGUCGAGCAACAUCUUGAAGACAUCCACAAAGUUCAUUUACAACAAGCCGCAGAAUCACUACGAGCUGCUGCAGCAGCAGCUGCAGUUGCAGCAGGAGUUCGCACAAUUCCUGACCAAUGUGGCCAACAGCGCUGCCGCAGGCACAGGCACGCCCGGUAACAGCAGCUCCGCUAACAGCUCGGUGAACCAGCGCAACGGAGGACUCGGAAUGAACGCCAAUACGCCAGCUGGUGGUGUUCCUGGCAACAAAAACAGUAGCAACAGCAACGGUUAUAUGCCCUCCUGGUCUAAUUAUUUCUUUUAAAGGCUUAGCUUUUGUUUUUCAGCAGCCCCCAUGCCCAUGAGUCAUAAAUACUUGGUAAAUUUGGAUCCAAUUUGUUAAGCAAUCUGCUAACCCUUUCAGUUAAUUUCAAUUAUGUAGCUUUUAAUUUUGUUAUAUUUGUCAGUUGAAUACAAACUACAGAAGAAGCGCCUUCACUUUCGUUAAUUCAUCAUCAAAAUCUUGAAUUUUUUCCAAUGUUUACUCCUAAGUUAUACGGCCAUGUUUAAAUAUUUAGAUUCUAAUUCUUUAUCUUUAUAUGACUUUUAAAACACGUCUAGUCGCCUCUCGCAAAGAGAAUAGCUUCCAGAAAGAAAGAUAAUAGGAAACAGAAACGGUAAACAGCUGUAGUUAAGUUUUUGUUUGAUGUAGAAGAAAAAGAACGUACACACUCGACGGUUAUUUUUAAACAGAGAAACAGAGAAUAAAAUACAAACAAUUUGAAGGCAUUUGAAGAGCCAAGAAUCCACCAAAGAAAUGAAAACAAACAUGACAAAUAUUUAAGCUAUAAAUAAAGAUGUAUAAAAAUGAGAAGCGAAACAGAACUGAAUGAUGCGUAAAUUUUGCAAAUAGACAUUGCAGAAUAGAAAGAGAAAUCAUACACAAAGCAAAAACAAAAAAAACCAACAAGACAUGCAUAAUAUAUAUGUUUAUGUUUUCUAUAUAUUUAAUGUAAAACUUUUGCUAAAAAUAAAUGAUGUAUGCAUAUAAAAUAUUAUAAUCGAAACUUUUUAUUCUUAUCCUAGACAUUUGUUAAACAUUGUUCCCCGUAAACCUUACACCUAGUCUUCAGUAUGUAUGUUACACAUUCAGGAGUGUCACAGAACUCGCUGUGGAUUUACAAUUUCAAUUCCCACGAGGCUCAAAAGUGUGCUCUAAAAAAGAUCAUAGUUUUCAAAUCUCCAGCUAUUUCUGUGGCACCUGUUCCUUCUUCGUCCUUUAGUAAAACAAAAACAAAAUAUAAAUAAUUGACUCUAAAUCUUGGUGAAGUGCCAGAGAAGCGCGAAAUUAUUGAGUGAGCAAGAAAUGAAGGGCAACAAGCAGAGCUGAGAGAGAAUUUUUCAAAUACAACGAAUAAAUGUUUAAGAAAAAUUGAAUGAGAAAUUGAGAGAUUAAUUAAAAAGAGAUGUAUCAACGAUUGUGUAAGGCUUAACCAAAAUCCAGCUAAGAUAUCUAAGCACGCCACCACUCAAAUCGAAGUUAAUGACGAACUGAAGACCAGAAGAAGAUCAGAACAAGUCCCUCCCUUAGAAAAAUUAUGAAAUCAAAGCGAGAUGUACGUAACAUAGAUCAAAAAACGCGCGUUUCAGCCUAACGAAUUUGUUUAAGCCCAAACUCACAGCAAUAACUUCAACUAAAGAAGAGAUCAAGUUAAACAAAUUGCCAAACUAAAUAUAAUACAAGUUUUAAAAUAAAUCAAUUGACAGUUAUGAAUUUCAAAUGAAAGAAUUGAGUUGAUGGAAAAAAGCGGAGACAUAAGAUAAGAUAUGAUUGGUGCUUCACAGAUUUCCUCCUAAAAAAGAGGGAAUUACUGCAACAGAAUCCUUAAAAAAAUACAAAAAUCUUCAAACAAUCUCUAAUUUGAAUAAUUGAAUUAUUAAUAUUUUAAUACGUUUAAUAGCAGAUUUGUAAUUUCAGUUCUAUUUCAACACACCCCCAAUUGAGAUAAGAAACUAUCGCAGUGUUACACACGAGAUGAACUAUGCUAUAUCUUUCUAUAUAUAAAAUCUAUAACUAUUUAUAUUAAACAAAAAAACUAUUACAUAUGAUUAACAAUAUAUUGAUGUUGUGUAUUGCAAAUUUUAAAUGUUUAUACAUACCAACCAAGAAAAUUAUGAUGGAAACUUAACUUAUUCACGGCAAGCAUUAACAUAAAAGGAGAAUCCAUUUUCAUGUAUACGUCAAGUAAAUUUAUUGCAUAAACUAUUUAAAGCUAAUUACCAAGAGCAAAUUAUAUAUACAUACGAGCAUAAAGCGUUACGAUUAUUAGGUAUGUAUGUGUGUAGUGCGGCUUAAUCUUCCCAACUCUCUCUCCUACCAAGGACUCCGAGACAGAAUCCUUGCUCCCAACUCACACUUUGUAGUGUGCGCAAAAGCUUGACUGAACAAUUACAUAGAAAUUCUGGCUUUUAAGCGAUAUAUUAGGAAUAAUAAUACCUUCCAGUAAAUCUCAACAAAGCAAGUUCAACAAAAUUAAAGGGAAAUUAAUAUUCUGUAAAGAGAACAAACACCAAGAUGAAAACGUUUUUUAUACAACAAUGUAGGAGGAGUUGAGGCACAGUUUUUUGUGCAUAUUUGUGCGGCACAGAGGAAUAUGUUUAGCUAAAAUAUAGAUUCCAGGCGAUUGAGAGUAACAGUGAAUGAUAAGCAUGAACAACAACCCAAAAGCAAUCGAUUAUAU